AUUUCUUAGUUAUAUAAAGUUUUUAAAGAUAAUAAGACGUAUCAUGAGUUUUUCAAACAAAAUCGUUUUGGUGACGGGGGCCAGUUCCGGUAUUGGAGCUGCCACUGCACAACUGUUCGCCAAAGAAGGAGCCCACGUGGUGAUGGUUGGAAGAAAUGAGAGUAAGCUGCGAAAUGUCGCCGAGCAGUGCGCCCGCGGCGGGCACGCGCCGCUCGUUGUCAGAGCCGAUGUCGGAAACGACGACGAUGUCAAGAGAAUUGUCGAUGAAACCAUCAAUAAAUAUAGGAAAAUAGACGUCUUAGUAAACAACGCUGGAUUGUCAUUAACUGGAAGUAUCUUGAAGGGAGAUAUACUGGAAUCGUACGACAAAACAAUGGCAGUGAAUCUACGUGCGGUCGUUCACCUUACCACUUUAGUUGCACCUCACCUUGUGAAAACUAAAGGCAGUAUUGUGAAUAUAUCUAGUAUUGCAGGCAAGAUGACGUCACCAGUGCUAUCUCUAGCAUACUGCACUUCUAAAGCUGGUUUAGAUCAUUUCACUCGUGGCGCUGCUCUGGAGCUAGCAUCAUUAGGUGUGCGAGUGAACAGCAUUAGUCCAGGCCCUGUGAGAACGGACAUUUUAGAGAACUCUGGCUUAUCAAACAUAUCCUGGGAAUUUUUAGGUUCUCGCGUCGCACUCAAAAGGUAUUCUGAACCUGAAGAGAUUGGCGAAAUGAUUCUUUAUUUAGCAAGUGACAAGGCGAAGGGCAUCACGGGUUCUGAUUUCGUUUGUGAUAAUGGUGGACUUUUGAAAGCAUAAAUGCGGUGUCAUGAUGAAUUUGUAUCAUAUAUCAGUGUAUCCAAAUAUUUUAAUCGUUUGUUAUUAAUUAAAAUACUUUGACUCCAAAUAAAGUGAUAAAGUCAAAGCAAUGAUGAUAUUGAUGUUAUUAGAAUACAUUGUACUCUUCCAUAAAUUGAUUACCCAUAUAUAAUGACGAUAAAUUGUCAUGAUUGUCGGCAUUUAGUGGAACUUCGUGCAGAUAAUAAAAUUAGUAAAGAAAAACACUUGUAGUCUCCAGCAAUAAAACAGUUCAGCGGUAACAAUAGCUUUAUUUAAAACAUAUGUGUGUACUUAUUGUAAAAUUUUUACUUUAUGUAUUUUAAAUUGUAUAUUAUAAUCAGUACUAUGAAAUUGCAUUAUGAAAUAAUGUUAAUCUUAGUCCUCAGGAGGCUCACUCCACACCAUGUUUACCUGCCUGAAGUCGCCACUCAUAAACCUUUCUUCCUCAUUAGUUAUCGCUUGCUCAAACUAUGUAGCUGAUCCAUUACCGUUUCAGUUUGCAGAUUCUCGGAACUAUGUCGAUCUUUUUAAGUCUUCUAUGAAUAUCCACGUUCCAAAUUCUAUCACGCGAUGGAACUUCGAGUAUUGCCCUCUGCAUAACUCGCUGAGUAACAUAUAAUAUCCUUAUACGGCUAGCAUUAGUAGUAUUGUUUGCGAAAAGAGUAACUUAAAAAAUUUUUCAUAUAAUAAAUAUAAAGAAGAUGAUCGUCCAAAGGUUGCCUGGAAGAGAUCGCUCUUAGCGAUAAGGUCGCCCAUUGUUUUCUCAUUGUGAUUAUUUCUUGUAAUUAUUUAUAUUUGUAAUAAGUUUACUAUUGUAAUCUUUUGGAGGAAACAAUAAAGAGUAUCUAUCUAUCUAU